CUCUCCCCGUUUUCUCCUCUUCUCCUUUUGGGUGCACAAAGAAGGUUCGGUCGCGAAGCACUCGCCGGAGCCUGCUCUUGGUAGGCGUGCUCCGACCCGGUUCCAGCCAUGUCUAGGCGUCACGGCUGGGAACUCCCCGCUGAUCCCUCCCAGGUGGUGGCGAUAACAGGUUUUAUUUUGCUAUCUGGGGCAUUUUAUGCCUUCUUUGCUCCCUUUCUUGGAAAGGAGGACAUACACGAAUAUGUCGCGCUCGGUGUUUAUUCAUUGUUGGCUCUCUCCGUAUUUAUACUGUAUGUCCGAUGCACUGCCAUCGAUCCUUCUGACCCUGGGAUCUUGGGAACUUCAGCGUACAUAUCACAUAGCGGAACUGAUUUAGCUGGAAAUACUGUUUCAGUGGAAGAGUCUGGCGAAGCAGGUCUGAGGAAUGGAGAAGAAUCUGGUAGUCAUAAUGCAAGUUGCUAUUCGAUGUUGGGGGGUUUUUUCUGUGGCUUCCUUGUCAAGGAAGAUUGCUGCAAGGAUGAAGAUCAUUUGGAGGAAGAAACAGGAGACGAGGAUGGUUUAUAUUGCACUUUAUGCAAGGCCGACGUACGCAAGUUUAGCAAACACUGCAGAAAAUGUGACAAAUGUGUUGAUGGAUUUGAUCAUCAUUGUCGAUGGUUGACUAAUUGUGUGGGAAGGAAAAACUAUGUCACCUUUGUGUGUCUCAUGGCUGUAAGCCUUAUUUGGCUUGUUGUUGAAUUUGGUGUGGGAGUUGCUGUCCUUGUCCGGUGCUUCGUUGAUAGAAAGGGCACUGAAGAUCAGAUAAUUGACAAGCUUGGAGUUCGAUUCACACGGAUUCCCAUUGUCAUUGUGGUGACCCUAUGUAUUGCUGUUUCUUGUCUGGCCACUGUCCAUCUUGGAGAUUUAUUCAUCUUUCACAUGAUUUUAAUUAGAAAGGGUAUAACGACAUAUGAGUAUGUAGUUGCAAUGAGAACACAGAGUGAAGCACCUGGACCAUCUGAAGGAGGUGAUCUGCAGAGUCUUAACCAGAUGGAGCUAGAAUCUUUGUUGUGGACCAUGCUGACUGUUUUGGCUGAAUAUAUUUCCCCUUGUUUCGUUAAGCAGGAUGAAAUCAUUCCACACUUGGAGCCAGGAUGCCUCCCCUCGACAACUGAUCCAGAUGCUACACAACCUUCAGACAAGGGGAGAAAGAUGCCCCAACGAUCUGUUCGCAUAAGUGCAUGGAAGCUUGCAAAGUUAGACUCUAAGGAGGCAAUUGACGCAGGUGCUAAAGCGAGAGCAUCUUCGUCCGUUCUACAUCCCGUAAGUUCUCGACAUCAUCCAUAUAAUGCUGACCACUUAUCCAGCAGCAACAUAAGUGGAAGAAGUAGCCUGGUCACUUCUGACUUAGGGUUUCACGAUAGAAAUGCUAGAGCAGGGAUGUCACGAGCCAAAAGUUCAUAUCGACUGAGCCGGACUAGUAGGGAAGAUACCGAAACCUGUGGUCACAGCCUUAGCAACAUGAGCAGUCCUCACCUCUCUAAUCUAACCACUUCUCCUUUUGACAAUCGAAUUGCGAACCGAGAUCACUUCAACCCAAUAUAUCGGUCAUCAGCAUCCCAGUCUCCACGGUCGGCCAAACAAAGUGAAGGAAAUGAAAAUUCUCUCCACAUGAAUGUGCCCCAGCAUCCUGGUAGGAAAAACUUGGGUGCAGCCGAGAGCACUAAAUCUUCGGUGUAUGGGGAUCGAGAACUAGAAGCAGGGGGGUUCAUAUCAUUGUCUAAAGGUGUUGGCUCGUCACAGAUACCAGGGUCCAAGCUUGUAUACACUGGUCGAUCCAUAUUCUUCGACGGCCCUAUCGUGAAUGAACAACCAAACAGAGGAAUGGGGAGUGGGAUUGUGGCUCCUAACUGGGAAAGAGGGUCAACAUCAAAUUAUUAUCAGCAGGGUAGAUCCCAGAGGGGUGGUCAACUACCUGUUUUUCUUCCGAGUGAUAACCAACGAUUGUCUCAGUUCCCUUGAAUGCUUAGAUGAGCACCUUGUUUGAGCGUAGAAUUAGAGCAGACACAUCAUCUUCGACUCCACUCCACUUCCUUGUGCAGGUUUUAGGUGAUUAGUUGGUCUGUGUACUUAAUUGUUCGAAAUGCUCUCUCUCAUCCAUUCUAUUAAAAGCUGCAGUUUCCCUUUCAAGCUUCUACGGGUAUAUAUCUUCGAUUGACAAAGCAAUCUUGAAUUUGUAAGACUUUAUACUACAUUCUAUAGUUCCAAGUUGGCUUGUAAGACUUUUAUACUACGUUCUAUAGUUGCAAGUUGGCUCAUCCAAUGAAA